AUGCAGGAUUCAUGGCUGAGCAACAAAGCUGAUGAGAUACAGGGCUUUGCAGACAGAAAUGACAUGAAAAACUUCUACAAUGGCCUGAAAGAAGUCUACGCCAUGCUGUCAGAUGCCUUCAGGGAGGGGGACGCUGGCAUUGCUGUCAAUUACCGUUUUGAUGGCUCUCUCUUCAACCUUCAGCGGCUUAAAGCAAAAACCUUAGUUAAAACAGCAACCAUCAACGAUCUUCUGUUUGCCGAUGACUGCGCCCUCAACGCUACAUCUGAAGCCAACAUGCAACAAACUAAAGAGGACGUCCCAGUCCCAAGGACAGAAUAUGAUGAUCUGAACCUGAGGUACCCUCAGCUUCAGGAGGACUAUGUCAACCUGCAGCAGGACUUCGGCUGCAGCUUCGGCUGCAGCUUCGGCUGCCGUCAGCGCAGCAGUAAACUGCCUGACUGCUUCUGCAGACACUCCCUGGGAAAAACGCAGCGAGUGGGCUCCUGUGCCGUCCUCCUGGGGCCACUGAGUAUUCUCAGCAUGAUCAAUGGAGAGGAGCAAUCAGCAGCAGUGGACUGGCAUGAAGAGUCCAGCGAACAUGAGGACAAGAGCACAGAUGCCUCUGGGGAAGUUCCUGUGGAACAAGCUAGCCAAGCUCCCGCCUCCGUCGAUCUCCCCACUGAGGCAGAGGAGGCCCCCAGCUCUCCCCCCAAAUCCCCCGUCAAGGUCCCAGACACAGACGAGGAAGAGCUCGGCCCCCUGCCCGACAACUGGGAGAUGGCAUACACUGAGAAAGGGGAGGUCUACUUCAUAGAUCACAACACCAAAACUACGUCUUGGCUGGAUCCUCGGCUAGCGAAGAAGGCCAAGCCACCAGAGGAAUGCAAGGAAGAUGAGCUGCCCUAUGGCUGGGAGAAGAUAGACGACCCCAUCUACGGCAGCUACUAUGUCGACCAUAUCAAUCGAAGGACCCAGUUUGAGAACCCGGUGCUGGAGGCUAAGAGACGCCUUGAACAGCAGCAGCAGAUGCAGAGCCAAGGCCUCUCCGCUCUUCCCUUGCCUACCAUAUACAGAGAGAAGCCUCUGUUUACGAGGGACCCCACCCAGCUAAAGGGGAGCUUCCUGUCCACCGCCUUGCAGAAGAGCAACAUGGGCUUUGGCUUCACCAUCAUUGGGGGGGAUGAGCCUGACGAGUUUCUGCAAGUCAAGAGUGUCAUACCAGAGGGACCAGCUGCACAGGAUGGAAAGAUGGACACAGGUGACGUCAUUGUUUAUAUCAACGACAUCUGUGUGCUGGGCACCACCCACGCUGACGUGGUGAAGCUGUUCCAGUCGGUGCCGAUUGGCCAGAGUGUGACCCUGGUGCUCUGCAGAGGCUACCCUCUACCCUUCGACCCCGAGGACCCCAGUGCUGCAGCCGGCACCUCCCUAACCCCCAUAGGCCUGGAGCAUCGUCCGCUGGUGGUGAACGGCCGCAGCAGCUAUGACCCCUACCUGGAGUACCUGUCCUUGAGCUCCCAGCUGCCUCCCCAGGUGCUGGCCCACCCCGGGGCACCUCAUCCCGGGGACACACAUCUGGACGGUUCAUCCCUGCCACCCACUACGCCUGGCUCGGCGCCAGCACUCACACCUCACGAGGACAAUGUGUCCAUGGCCUCCUCCGGGGCUGCGGGGGCCGCUGGAGCAGCAGGACAGGGGGCGGAGCUGCUGACGGUUACCAUGGUGAAAGGGGCAGAGGGAUUCGGCUUUACUAUUGCUGACAGUCCCACCGGGCAGCGGGUGAAACAGGUGCUGGAGCCCGGGUCCCAGGGUGCCUCGGGGCUGAUAGAGGGAGACCUUAUACUGGAGAUCAACCAGCAGGCGGUGGCCGGAGCCGGACAUGGACGCGUGGUGGAGCUGCUUAAAGAGUGCCCUGUUGGAUCUGAGGCCACAAUUCUUGUUCAGCGUGGAGGGACCGGCCACAUCUCCCCAUGGAAGACCUCCAAGCAGAUACCAGACCAGUGGGACCCACAUGGAAGCCCCCAGACAAGCCUGUCUACCCCACUGCUGCCCCCCGGCACGCCCUUCCCCAACCAACCACAGCACCGCACCUCGGUCCCCGACUCUACCGAGGGGUUUGACCUGAAUAAGCCUGACCCCUACGACCUUUAUGAGAAGUCCAGGGCCAUCUAUGAGAGCCGCCGUACGUACAGUCCCCCCUGUGCUGUGUUUCUCUCAGGUCUGGAGUACCAGGAGGUGGAGGUGCACCUGCUGAGGGAGAAGACUGGGUUUGGCUUCCGCAUCCUGGGGGGAGACGAGGCCGUGCAGGCUAUUGUCAUCGGUGCUAUAAUAGAAAACACCCCUGCCGAGCGCGACGGGAGGCUUCGGCCCGGGGAUGAGCUCAUUUCUGUGGAUAAGAUGGUGGUUGCUGGGAAACCACACAGAUAUGUGAUAGACCUGAUGCACGCCGCCGCCCGUAACGGUCAAGUCAGCCUGACUGUGAGGAGGAGAGUACAAACACCUGGUGAGCCGUGUCCAGUGAAUGGUCGCAGCCCUGGCUCAGUUUCCACACAACACAGUUCUCCCCGCAGCGAAGCAGCCUCGGCUUCUGGUGCCAUCACUCCGGCUGCAGCUGGAGUCACCGCUGCCGCCGCCUCUGUGCCGGAAGGCUCCGCCCUGCAAACCAGCGAUGUCAUCAUCCAUCGCAAGGAGAACGAGGGCUUUGGCUUUGUUAUCAUCAGCUCCCUAAACAGACCGGAGAACGCCACCAUCAUCACUGUGCCCCAUAAAAUAGGACGUAUAAUUGAGGGCAGCCCUGCGGACCGCUGUGGGAAGCUGAAGGUGGGUGACCGUAUUCUGGCUGUUAAUGGACAAUCCAUCAUCAGCAUGCCCCACGCAGACAUAGUCAAGCUCAUCAAAGACGCUGGGCUCACGGUCACACUGCACAUCAUACCAGAGGAGGAUCCCCAUUCAGGGCCAAGCUCAGAAAAACAGAGCCCCAUGACCCAAAAACAGAGCCCCCAGACCCAGCCGAGCCCUGUAGCCCAGCCUAGCCAGGGAGGCACCCAGGCCAGUCAGGUGGCUGCUCUGCCCGGCCAAACAACCACCCAGGUGGGGCAAGCAUCAACCCAGCCCAGUCAAACAGCAGCCCAGACAAGCCAAACAGCAGCUGUCCAGCCUACCCCUGCACCCGCCCCUCCUGCCCCAGCUGGAUCCCAACAGAGCCCAGUCACCCAGCCCCCUGGACCCCCCCCACAGUUCUACCUCCACGACGGCAGGUCAGAGGUUAAAGCCAGACAGGAUGUUAAGCCUGACAUUCGCCAGCCUCCAUUCACCGACUACCGCCAGCCUCCAGUUGACUACCGCCAGCCUCCAGUGGCUGAUUACCGACAGCCCCCAACGCUGGACUACCGCCACCCACCCGGACUGCUGGACUUCAGACAGGUCUCUGCAGCUGCUCAGUUCCCUCUUGGGCUCCCUGCAGAUUUCAGACCACAGGACUUUGACUACUUCACGGUGGAGCUGGAAAAGAGCGUGAAGGGAUUUGGCUUCAGUAUCCGUGGAGGGAGAGAGUAUAAAAUGGACCUAUUUGUGCUGCGCCUCGCUGAGGAUGGACCUGCCAUACGUAACGGCAGAAUGAGGGUGGGGGAUCAGAUCAUCGAGAUUAACGGGGACAGUACUCGGGACAUGACACACGCCCGCGCCAUCGAGCUGAUCAAGGCAGGGGGUAGGCGGGUCAGGCUGCUGUUAAAGAGAGGCACAGGACAGGUGCCAGAGUAUGGAAUGGUACCUUCCAACCUCUCCAUGUGCAUGAAAGGUGACACACUAAGCUCCCCCUAUUUCUUCCUAAUGGGCCACUCUAAAGACACGUGGUUCAUGAGGUUCUGUCUGAGCUCAGUGGUUUCUGAGGUUCUGUCUGUGAGCUCAGUGGUUCAUGAGGUUCUGUCUGUGAGCUCAGUGGUUCAUGAGGUUCUGUCUGUGAGCUCAGUGGUUUCUGAGGUUCUGUCUGUGAGCUCAGUGGUUCAUGAGGUUCUAUCUGUGAGCUCAGUGGUUUCUGAGGUUCUGUCUGUGAGCUCAGUGGUUCAUGAGGUUCUGUCUGUGAGCUCAGUGGUUCAUGAGGUUCUAUCUGUGAGCUCAGUGGUUCAUGAGGUUCUGUCUGUGAGCUCAGUGGUUUCUGAGGUUCUGUCUGUGAGCUCAGUGGUUCAUGAGGUUCUAUCUGUGAGCUCAGUGGUUUCUGAGGUUCUGUCUGUGAGCUCAGUGGUUCAUGAGGUUCUGUCUGUGAGUUCAGUGGUUCAUGAGGUUCUAUCUGUGAGCUCAGUGGUUCAUGAGGUUCUGUCUGUGAGCUCAGUGGUUCAUGAGGUUCUGUCUGUGAGCUCAGUGGUUCAUGAGGUUCUGUCUGUGAGCUCAGUGGUUCAUGAGGUUCUGUCUGUGAGCUCAGUGGUUCAUGAGGUUCUGUCUGUGAGCUCAGUGGUUCAUGAGGUUCUGUCUGUGAGCUCAGUGGUUUCUGAGGUUCUGUCUGUGAGCUCAGUGGUUCAUGAGGUUCUGUCUGUGAGCUCAGUGGUUCAUGAGGUUCUGUCUGUGAGCUCAGUGGUUUCUGAGGUUCUGUCUGUGAGCUCAGUGGUUCAUGAGGUUCUGUCUGUGAGCUCAGUGGUUCAUGAGGUUCUGUCUGUGAGCUCAGUGGUUCAUGAGGUUCUGUCUGUGAGCUCAGUGGUUCAUGAGGUUCUGUCUGUGAGCUCAGUGGUUCAUGAGGUUCUGUCUGUGAGCUCAGUGGUUUCUGAGGUUCUGUCUGUGAGCUCAGUGGUUCAUGAGGUUCUGUCUGUGAGCUCAGUGGUUCAUGAGGUUCAUGAGGUUCUGUCUGUGAGCUCAGUGGUUCAUGAGGUUCUGUCUGUGAGCUCAGUGGUUCAUGAGGUUCUGUCUGUGAGCUCAGUGGUUUCUGAGGUUCUGUCUGUGAGCUCAGUGGUUCAUGAGGUUCUGUCUGUGAGCUCAGUGGUUCAUGAGGUUCUGUCUGUGAGCUCAGUGGUUUAG